GUUUCUGUGCGUCACCUUUAGUCCAUUUGAUUUCCUUUGUUUCUUCAGAGGUGCAUUAGCUUUUUGUAAUUUUGCAACUGCAGGUUUUCUACGAGGUUUUCCCCCAUAUUUCCUGUUAUCUACAACGUAGCACGACUCUUGUUUUUCAUCAAGAACUAAAUUUGAUUCGUUUGUUUUUGUGGAUUCCAAGUCCUCCAAAAACCGUUGUUCCCCACGAUUCUCCCCCGUUCAAAAACUAUUCUGGAAAUCAAUAUUUAUACCUGCUCCCUUGUAUGUGGUCUUCAUUCCAGCCUACAACUGGUACUACUGCGUCUGCUGCUCGAUUGAUGAACAACACCAAACAUACGAGAUGGCUCCAGCAUUGAAACCGACCUUGAAAAAGGUCGCACCGGAGGAGAAAUCUAUGCGUGGUACGACCUUCAUCUACAGGUCAUGCUCGAUUGCUCAUCCCUUGAAGCCUUCCAAGGGUAAAGUGGAAAACGUCAAUGCAGGCCGAUACAAUGGUAUUCACGUUUUAUUGUUGUUCAUUCUAUUGAUGCUAUUGUCUUGGUUUUGAGUUAUCAAUGCUGCAGGGCGAUACAAAGCAUUCCAGUGAUGUCAUUUUGAGUUGUUAUCAAUGUACGACGAUACAAUGGUACCGUUUUCAUUCUAUUUCAGAGAUCUAUCACAUGAUUUGGGUUCAUCUGUAUCAAUCUCUUCACCAGGAAAUGAAUUUGAACAAAAGUUGAUAAAACUGAAAUUUCUUGGAUUUUCUUUGAAGAUUUGAAUUCGAGAUGUGGAUUCUUUGUCACUGUCAAUUUGUUCGGCGGGAAAUGAAUUUGAACAAAAGUAGAUAUAACUGAAAUUCAUGGGCUUUUCUCUGAAAAUUUGGAGUCGAGACGUGGAUUCCUUGUCACUGUCAAUCUCUUCGUCAGGAACUGAAUUUGACUCAAAGGCAAUAAAACUGAAAUUUCUUGGAUUCUGCUUGAAAGUUUGGGUUUGAAACUCAAUUUUCUCACAAAGAAUCAUAGUAUAUCUGGCUGGAAUCACUUAUCGAGGCCUUCUGAUUUCUAGAACUUCCAGAUGUUUGGAGAUUGUCGAUUAUUCAUUCUAUUUUGAUUGUUAGCGCUGCCCACUUCCUUCGAUCGAAAGUUGACGCAUACUAAUUAUUCUAAAUAUUAUGAAGACCGUUCACCUAUGAAAUCGCCGCGGGCUUUUUCGCUCGGUUGCGCCCUAAGUUGGAAAGUUGUGGAAGUUGUGGCCCUUGCGAUGACUAGGCUCAAAAUUGCUGCGACUAGUCGCACAAUUGCUGCGACUAGUCGCAAAAUUACGCUGGCGAGCCUCAGUCUUACUGUGACGAGUCUCCGCCUUACUGUGACGAGACGCGUCUCGGUCUGACUGUGACCAUUUUCAGACUUACUGCGACGGCGUUCGCGCUUACUGUGACUGCACUAGUCUAGACUUACUGGGACUAGUCUCAGACUUACUGCUACUAGUCUCAGACCCACUGUGACCAAUCUCAGCCUCACUGUGACUAGUCUCAAACUUACGGCGACUAGUCUCAGGCUUACUGUGACUAGUCUCGCGCUCACUGUGACCAGUCUCGGGCUUGCUAUGGCUGGCCUCUGACUGAGUUCGUCGGGCUGUUCGAAUCUUAACACCAUCAGAAGCUGGCGCCCGUGUAUUCUGAUGACGUUAAGAUGAUUCGAACAGCCAGACAAACGCAGCCAGCGAGUAGCUAGGGGCAGCAAAUUCGAAACUAGUCACAGUGAGCGCGAGACUGGUCGCAGUAAUUUCGAGAAUGGUCACAGCAAAUUUGAGACUAGUAGUCACACCAAGUUUGAGGCUGAACCCAGUGGUGUGAGCCUCAGACCCGUCACAGUAAGCUUGAGACUAGCCACAGCAAGCUUGAGACUCGUCGCCGUAAGUUUGAGACUCGUGACAGUAAUUCUGCGACUAGUCACAGCAAUUCUGCGACUAGUCGCAGUAGUUUUGCUACUAGUCCCAGCAAUUCUGCGACUCGUCACAGUAAGACUGAGACUAGUCACAGCAAGCUUGAGACUAGUCACCCUCACAGUAGCUGCCGCAACUCCCACAACUCGGACGCAACUCGUCACAACUUCCACAGCUUGGAAGUAAUAGAGCCCAACACUUUCGUAGGUGUUUGGUCUUUCUAAAAAUAAUUCAGGCGCUCACUAUGAAUACGUGGAAAUGCCUGCUGUUCUCGCGCCAAUCUUUCGGCCCACUGAGCAGGAUACGUGGAUGAAAGCCAAUGGUGAUUCACUGAAAAAAUCGGGUGUCAAGCGUGUUGCAGCUAAACAUACGACACCGCCAGCGGGAAAGCGAGAAAACAGUGGCGUUGACCUCAUGCUUGCUGCGUUCGCUUCUAAGGUCCAUCGAAAGGAGGACGUAAGGGAGCUUUUUGCGGUGCACAUAACGAAGGACAACGCGGUAAGCUUCACUUUUCAUUUAUCAUGGCAAUUCGGAGAUUCAAAUUUCAUUUAUCAUGGCGAAUUCGGAGAUUCAAAUUCUUCUAUCACCACACUGUUCUUACCAGAAGGGAAAUUUAUUUUUUAUGUCGACGGUACUCCGAGUAGUAUUCUGGUUCCACGACCACCCGAUGUAUGACGAUCAUGCUCCUUCUUCUGCUAGAAGUGGUCGUGGCAGUAGUACCGGAUCCUGACCUACGACUUAUAAUCUUCCGCGUCAAAUUGAAAUUACCCUACUUGGACUCCAUGUGUCCUCCCUCAGGUUGUGUGGCAUGCCGGUCCUUUCGGACAGCCUACUCUUUUGCAGUUCAUAAUGGGGCUGGUUCACGAGUCACGGCGAUCCAUUAUGCGCCUGCGCAACACGAUAGCUGCUAGCUCAGCCCUGGACGAAGAGCGGUCUCCGUUCUACACGAAGGAAUCGUCCUUGUCGUUUAAGUUCGUCGCCCGCACGUUGCUCUUUUUACGGGGUUUGGUGCACAACGACAUAAAGGAGCUGGCAAAGAUGAUUGGGAACGAGUGUGACGUGAUCGACCAUGAGACGCAUGCACACGGGCGCGCAAGUGUCUUGCUGUACUACAGAACGCAAAUUGCCGAGUAUAUGGCUGCUGCGAAAGACCUGAAAAACAACUGGACGUCUUUAAAUUUCAACAGCUUCAGCUCGCACUCGCCGGCUGAUGAGACGCCCUACAACGAAGGAGCGUCUCCGAAAAGCACGCGCUCGCUGUCGCCGGAUGCUCGCAGCCCCACAACACCGAAAAACGGCGGCAGCCCGUCAGCCACGUCGCACGGUGUCGCGCGACCGCCUCUGGUGUUCUUUCGUAUUCCCGCUAUCCUGUCCGUUGACGUGGCGCAUCGCGCCGUGGACUACCGCAUCGAGUGCACAGCUCCUGGAUUCGAGUGGUGCGGCGUUCAAACCGUCCACUUUGAUGAGCAACUAAUGGUCCAACGAGUGCAAACCCAGGUCCACGGACUCCACCACGAACUUCCGGCCGCGGAUUACCAAUACGAGAUGGUCCACGUUGAAACCGCCACGUCUAAUCUCAAUGCUGCGGGAGGCGGACGAGCAGGCGGCGCGACUACGGGACCAAGCACCAGUGGACGGGCUUCAGCAAGCGAGAGUGGAAGCAUUACCCGCGGAUUCCAUCGACGUUCCACAACCAGUGCACCCGAACAAACAGAACAAGACAACACUCCUGCACGCGAAGCUGUUCCUGUUGUUACGCUUGAAGUGCCGUCCGCUGCCGGUCCAGUUUACACUGGUAGACUUGAUUCCCCACUUGGCGUCUUACUGUACUUCGAGGAGGCGGCAAGCGCGUCCUCGAAAGCUCUGUUAGCUCUCGCAGAGUACUUACAGGAAAAGCACAACAUGUUUGCGGUCUACAAGAUCGCUGCGGGACAGGACGAGGCGGAAUUGUUAGACGCGGCAGAAACAGGAACAAAAACUAGUUUGAGCGCGCAGCUUCAGCAAGACUUGAUCUUGUGGUGCAAUAAGGACCUGGCGGAGUCGCCGUUUCAGGCAGAUAUGGGACCUUCCAAUGCGGCCGUUGUGGACGUCUGCAGCAACCUGUUUGACAAGGAUGUAUUGGAUCAGUCUGAAUCCGUCUACGAAAUCGAUGCUGUCUGCUUACCCGAUAGCGGUUCGGCGUUCACUCUCCUGAACUUGUACAGACGGUUGGACGCCGAUGGCGCGAUCACACUGUUGGCGAGCGCGGCGCAAUGUGCGGAGCUCGCGCCAAAAGUGGAGACAGUUCUGGGCAGUCGGUUGCCGCCGGAGGUCUCCUCGCGAUCUGGACUCGUACUUACGGCGUCCGUGGACGUCGAAGCUGGCAAAGUAAGCGCGCCCGCUCCACUCCGGUUCCACGCCUUGGCGGAUCUGCAGUGCAGCCUCAAGGGCGCGGCGAAAGUGCUGUCGCAGGUCGUCCCUGAAGUAGAGGACGCUACCUCCACUGAGGAAGCACCGCUGCGCCCGAGCCUAGCUGGGCUGCAGCACGGAUCAACAUCUGCAUCCUCCUCUUCUACUGACAUGAGUAUGGCUCGCUCCUUCGUUGUCGUGAAUUUAGAGCACUACAGAAUGAACAGCACCGAUGCUGGAGCCGCUGCGUCGUCAAUAGUGGAGACUGCUUGCCGCGCACUUGUGUUUGCUUUGGGUGCUGACCCAGAGGCUGAUCCUCUGGUCGAGAUGACACUCCAGCAGCAAGCCGACGAAACGACACAGCCUGCCGACUUCGUCGAACUCAACUCAGCGGGAGGAGCAUCGUCAUCGUGCAAGCUACGCAUCGUCACUUCGAAAUCAUCGCAAGCACGUCUCGUCUGGGAGAUGCUCACAGAGUAACAGCACUAAACACUGUUGACACGCACACGAGCCUUGGCCUUCUAUUCAGUAAGAAGGGCAACUGCAACUGGCUAACUACAGUGUUACAACAACAAAUCAGUACUGUGUCAGUUCCUUACAUUACAACUAGCGAUGAUUCAGUAUUCUUGUUCAAUGCUAUCUUCAAUUUGCAAAAAUCUUAGUACAUAGAUAUCCAUAAGAUUCAACAUGAAGAUGACAUACAUAACAUCCAAUGGCAGUGUGAGCGGCUAGCAUGCAUUCGUCAUCUUGAAUUUCAAAUUCAGAUUCCUUUCUUGGCGAUCACAGUCACAUCAGAGGUGACGGAAACUGAUCGCAAAUCGCUUAUAAUUAAUGAUAAUUUUUUUUUUUUAUUUUUCAUUCAUAAUUGAUCGUUGUACUAUUUCCCGGCUCUAUUCUCUCGCUUACCAGUUAUUUUUGGGGAUGCUUGCCGUUGGUGGUGCAGCUGUCGGGAUCACAUUUAAGGGCUUUUUUGGUUAUUUCUUAUACCUUGCGAAAUCAGAUGAAACAGAAUCAGAAUGAAUGUACAAUUACUUUUACUUAGGUAGAAGAGAAUAGUUUUUUAGUGUUUUGCUCAUGAAAUUUUCGACAGGGGAGAGGGUACAGUAAAAAUCGUAACAGCAAUCAUGUAUACCAUUGAUUCGAAUUGGAAAAUGGAAAGUCAAUAAUGUCGAUCUGAACAUCAAAUGUGACCUGAAGUCAGAUACAAGAAAGCAAAUAUGAGGUUAUAUAUAGAGAUGUCAUAUUUGUCACUAGUAACGUGAUGUUGCUCCGAUGAAUUCUUUUGUUGUUCUUGUCAACCUGUAGAGCGAUCAAAAUAAUCGAGGACGAGGAGAUAGUUUUAGUUGCUUAUAACUUAAAAUGGUUACGGUAAUCGUGGUUACAGAAAUUUGUUUGGAUCUAUACUAGAUAAGUGAAUCCAGAUCCACAGGACAAACAGACAAGUAUGGUCGAUUCUGUAACAUGAAUUUGGUUUUGGUUUUGGGAGAAU